GAGAUACACGAAGCCCAUUUUCGUUCUCGCUCCGAUCGUCGCGCCUCCAGCGAACGGCGAGCCUGCUGUGCGCGUGCUGCCUGCUGACUUCGACAGCUCACACCCGAAGAAAUACUGGUAUUAUCUUGUGUGUGGACAGCAUAACGCGAGGGCGGCGAUGAUGGUGAAAGACCAUCCCGUGUUUGAUUACUACAACUUCUGUAAAUGGCCGUUCAGACCUUCCCUGACGACGAGUUUGACGGCUACGCCCAUGUCAGCUGCGAAGACGACAUGAAAGACAAGAAGAAUCCACCGCGCUUGCAGGUUUUAUCUAUGCGGGACAUUCGCAAUUUAUGGAAAAUUAAGGGCAAACCUCGUGUGGUGAUCGGCAAUGCGUCGAAGAAAAAGGACGAGGUGCAAAAGUGGGUGCAGUUCAUGGCGUUGGCUAUGAAGAAGACACCGUACACGCCCAUCUGGAACCUGUCGAUGGAAGCAAAGAAAAGAAAGGAAUGGGCUGAGAAACUUCGAUACUACCUCCCGCUGGCCAUGGCAGAUGACUCCAUCUUCGCUUUGGGGUUGAAGUUCUAUGAGGAGUGGUCGAAAGGGAAACUCCUUGCUUCCGACGGCCGGCGUUGGACUGAAAAGCCGCCCACCCAUGAGGAGGUAGCCAAGCCAGGACUCUCCACUGUGACUGACAGCCAGGGGCUGAAGAAACACGUCUGGUACGUGAAGGUGGACGACCCAUCGUUGAAAAAGGGCAGGGGGAAGCCAAAGAAAGGCGCGGAGGAGAAAACUUUCUACGUCCAAGUUCCAGAGUCGGAUGUCCACUGCUGGAAGGAAUUGGUGGACUUGACAGACCGCGAGAAGAAAAGGCUGUUGAACGGCGUCUUGAACCUUAACGUCGUGUGGGUUCAAACGAGUAGCAAGAAGUUGGCCGAGCAGGGGAAGUUCAGUGUCAAGGAGAUGGUCGACAUAAUAAAAAUGGACCGGAUUAUGCUGAGGCUGUGGCACUACGUGGAGUUCGAGUUCGAGGAAAUGGAUAAGCAGGAGUGGAAUGCCAACUCCAUGUUCUUCAGGUCCAAGAGGCAAGGUCUCGAAGACAAGCUUUGGAACGAGAGCAGGAAAUUUUUCACGGACACCACAUACGUCAACAAGUGCCCACAGUUUCUCGGGUGUCAACACGACAACAACAUCAAGAGAACGGCGGCCCUCGUCAACGACCAGCAUUUCCCGGCGGAGUGGAAGCGUGUCGUCCUUUCGAACCUCUCCUUCAUGACAUGUUUGUCUGCGUUUGGGGCUACCCGAUGCUAUACGGGGAAGUGGGUUCGGAAGACGGCAUCGAAGAAGAUGCAUCAGUUCGGAAACAGCGUCUGGGAGGAGCCGGAUGUGAUGCACAUCCUUUUCAAAGGCGAGGAUCCUCGGCUAAUCACUCACCCGGUGUACGAGGGAGCUGUUGCUGAAGACGGCGCCGCCGCUCUCCGGAGGAAACAGAAAGUGACACCCACGGAUGUGAAGGAGAAGUCUUUCAAGUCUUUGACUUUCGCGGACAUCGGAAACCUGACCCGGAGGGGGGCUCUGUACAAGGACGGCGAGAGGAAUCCGAAUCGGUUGUGCAAUCAGCUUCUUUUCUUUUGUGGUGUGGCGGAUGCCGUGCUGUUCUUGGGCAAGCCGCACGCGCAGGUGGUCUGGAGUCUGCUUCAGCAGGGAAGGCACGUCUUGGUCGUGGAUGGGGACACAACGCAGCUCGAAUACACCGUGCAAUAUGUCACCCAUGAAGUGUCGUCCAAGGCUUACCCAUGCGAUUUCCACCAUGUCGUGGUCGAGCCCGUUUAUGACAUGAACAAGGACAUGUUCUUCAAGUUGACUCCGAAUAAAAGGCGCCAGGUCUACUCCUUCCUUUACGGCGAACAACCAAGGUUGAGAUUUGACCCGCAGUACGUGGUGCGGAAGGAAGUCGCCAUUGCGGUCCUCCAUGGCUACCACGGAGCGAGUCGGGCCGGCGCUGUGAGCUUCAUUAAGAGGCUGGAAUAUUUGGCAUUUGGUGAGGAGGACGACUUCAAUAUCGAGACUGAGCAGGAGGAGAGCGUUGAGGAUGACCUCUUCGAUUUGGACGGGCAAUUGGCCAUCUUCAACGCCCAAGUUUCAGAGUCGCCAUCAGUAUGCAAAUCGGGGACACCUCUCGCUACACCUACCUCGGGCGGUGCCACGCCCGUGUCCUCCUCAGCGCCUGUCAAGAGGGGUGGGUUGUCUCGUCUGAGGAGUUCGCCGGGGGAGCCUACUCGUCUCACGCCGCAGCCCGAACGUCUUCGACCCGGCCAUCCAGUUCCUCCGGACCAUCCGCAUCUCAAGGCUCCUGCGACUCCCUUCCACAUGGGCGGCAAACACACCUUCUCCACAGCUGAAGAUUGGGGCCAUGAUAUCGUGUGGCACCCAGACCAUUUCCAGCCAGUCCUUCUCGACGGCGAAUGGGYAGUGGCUGUGAGGGACGUAAGUGGAGGGUGGAUAUAUGACGAUCGUUGGGACCUCGAGACAUUCAAAUCUCGCGCCUACAAUGCGGUAUUGGAGAGAUUAAGUGAGGUCAAUCGACGAAAUAAGGAAGACCCUGCUCUUCGCGAAUAUGGGGACACGCUGUUCGAGUUCUUGCAGUCAAAUAAAUGGCUGGAAGUGUCCUCCGCGUUCUACGCCCUUCCGUCAAGCUCGUCAAUUAAGCAAGUGAGUUGGGAGUUGCCUGGGGUCACCCCGCCGGCAGGAGUUGUGAAGCGCAAGUCUCGCGGAAAGGAAGGCGACGGGGAUGGUGAAGGCAGCGGGCAACGAGGUACCGGAGGUGGAAGUGAACAUCGUUCGACGAAACAGCGGUCUCCGGAGCACGCAGGCGGCGGAGAGGGGAAAAAGGGCAGCCGGGAGAAGAAGAAGCCUCGCAGCAGAGAGAAGACAAAGCAUCACAGAGGAGACGGACAGGGGUUCGAUAUCGACCGCGACGAGGACGGUGGGGUUUUGGCGGUAACAGGCAGCACCUCAAUGGAGACGGGGAACGACUUGAGGCCUGGGUGUAUUACGCGGCCUGGCGAGCAGGACCCUGUGAUUAGCUCCACGAGCGAAACACAGUUUGUCAAUGCGGUUGGCGGGGCGGGUGUUGCAAAGCAUGGACCAUGCUUCGCUCAACUCCAAAAACGGUUGGCGGAUUGUCUCGGAUCAAUUCGAACCUCGGAGACGACCUCGUUGUCCGGAACUCAGUGCCCUUCGGGAAGCGAGACGACAACAUACCACGGGUCCGGCAGUGACAAACUGGAACCGUGUUCCGUUUCGCUUCAAAAGGAAUUUUGGAUUAAUCCAAAACGCGAAGGUUGUGCCAUCGAGGGAGCACAGCUAUCUACAGAACUCGAACGGGUGGUCCGGGUUUCCGAAAACCCUGGCGACGAGAUUCGGAUUCAUCCGAACCAAGAAGUCGUGUCUGCCAUGACAGACGAUCGAUGUCAGGAUGCAGUAAUGUUGUGCGUGGAAGCCCACAAGGAGCUGCAGGAGGACUGUCGGACUGAGGUAAGCAGUCGUAGCGACUCCCCGGUGAAAGCGGUCAUGUCGGCGUCAUUGGAAAUUGCGGGGGUUCGGAUGAAUCCGAACCACGGCCCUGUGAACAUCUCCCUCCCUGAUGCAUCUUUCGAGACGACUGUGAUUCGGAUUCAUCUGAGGCACACGGACGAAGGACUUCAACUGCCAGGCAUUGAGGGUUGUCGACUGCUGACGACUUUGGGCAAGGACAAUUCCGCCGACGACCGGAUUGAUCCGACACUCAGCGACGUCGGGAUGGAGGUACCAGUUCAGCCGGGAUACGAGGAUCCCUUAUACUCCGCCCUUCACAACGAGGCGAUGGGGGAGGACGUUCUGAAGAAAGCCUCUGACGCUGUUGGAGAUAGAUGUCUCUAUUUGAGUGACGAUGACAAAGACACAGCGUACGGGGACAAGAAGUUAAAGGGGGGAGAGGUGUUGUUGGACAUCCAUGGGACAUUGAGCCCAACACAAUACGACACAGUGGCAAUGGAGAAAACACAACCUGUCGCUGUUGUGGACGUCGACGAUGUUUGUCCUGAGACGAAUAUACCGUAUAUGGUCACCGACGCCGACAUCUCGAGCCUGUCAAGUUUGCCUGUGGGUUUGGAGCACGUCGUCGCCGCGUCGACGCUCGCAGGGGUGCCAAUCGUGCUGGGACUGUCGUCGGUGGGCUCUGGUGAAGUGGUAGCUAGGCCUGGUAAGCACUGACUUUCUCUGCUUUCUUCACGCUCGUCAGCCCGUUCGUGAAGUGUUGUUCGCUUCGUCGAUUUCGGGGAGGUGUACAGGCGGCCGCCAACUGGAUUGUGACGAUGUGCUACGUGA